AAGAAACUACUAGUAGCAUAGGAAAGCAGCACUUUUGAGCCAUGGCUCCGUCUUUGGGAGCAUGGCGCGAUGUCGAAGAGCUGCCAGACUUCAGGCAUAUGUCGUCGAUGCCAUGUCAUGAACGAGCCCGGCAUUCUGCAUGUGCGCUGCAAGAUGUGGCUUCAGCGAUGAGCCUUCCAGCCUGGGCGAGCCGCAUCAAUGCUGCCAACUUGACCGCAGCAUUGGACCUCCAUGAUGUAUGUGCGAUGGCAAGCCAGCAUCACAUCGCCGGGCUGCACAAGACAAGGGGGGAAUUUAAGCCUUUACGAAAGCACAUUUUUCUCAUCCCGUAGCCCUGAAGAAGUCUAUAUAAGUAAGUGCAAGAGGUCGAGGUAUCAUAUGCAGCGAGGUCCAAGCAUCAAAAGAUCUCAAAUCCCAAGGAAGUUUCCAUAGGGCUUCAAAGAUCUCCAAGGCUCAAAAUGCAGGAAAAGCAAAAGAUGUGUGACUGCCGACCUACCUCCACCUCACCAGCCUGGAUUUAGAAUGGGAUGUGCCUAGGAACGCCACAACUAAGCAGGUACAUCCAGAAGGCGCCCACUCCCCUGCAUUCAUGAGAAAAACAAAAUAGGCUCGCAGCUCCCUAUGAUUCCAAGGGUUGCACACACAAUCUUCCGAGGACCCUAUUGCCUCGGGCGUGCCCCAGUCACUCGAGGAGGAAGCCGCCAUGUUGGUUUUGGCUGGCGCAUUGGAUUUUGGUGCCAGUUGGCGAGAUGAGCUACGCAGCCACCAUGGAAAGGGCGCUUGGGAAACGGUGAAACAGGGUAUUGAGAGCUUGUCGCAAAUGUGUCCAGAGUUGAAGGCAGAAUGGCUUUUCCACUUGAGCCACACUGCUGUGGCCAUGCACUUUCGACUUGAACACGCGGAUCACUUGACACAGUUUGUGAGCAAACUGCAUUCAGUCGUGCAUGAGCUUGGCGAGAAUCUGAUCAAACAGAACGUGCCGAGUUUGGCUGAAUACAUCAUGUCCCUUCUGGAAGAACUCCGUGGCGAUCCGCACGCAGCUGGUAAGCUUAUCCAAGAUUUGGCAGAUACGUUUCCGACUGCCUUUCAGGACACUGCUUACCUUAAGCGGCUUCCCAUCUAUUUUUACAAGAAGGCUCAAACUGUGGCUUGUGAGCUGCAUGAGCGCUUCCAUUCCUUGGAUGAUCGCUUCAACUUUCCUGAUAUCGAAAUGUUGACGGGCAACGUCGACCCGCUGGUCAUCGCAGUGUUGAGACGUCACGAAGUCGUGAAGACCACAUGGGAUUUGACCAAAGCUUUGCAGGCUGACACUGAUUUGUCAACUGGCGGUGCUGCAGAAGUUUCUUUGCGUGCGGCUGGUGUCGCAGCACUUGAAGAUAUGGCCUGGUUAGCCAAGCUGAAAGGAUAUCCAAUUUCACCCACGAUGUUGGGAAACUACCUCUGGGCUUGUGGAAAAUCUGAAGCGUAUGCAAAUGCACAGAGACACAUCUCGAAAGAGACCUGUUUCUAUUGAAUUUUUCACCAUUUGUUGCGAUAGUGUGCGAAGAAGGCCUUUGCAAGUUGCACACUUUGUACAUAGGCAGUCGAAAAGUGGCAGCCAAAUGACCUGGCAAGCUAGGCUGGAAAUGCACCCGGAAGCGAUCGGAAGUGCCUCAGGC